UUUACAGAGUAGAAGACCACCAGUGUCGAACUCAACAAACCCCAGACACCAUUUCGUGCACAUGUUGACGGCUGUGUUCGUGUCUAGACGCUCCGGGAGGUGGACGCUGAGGCAAAAUUGUCUGGGCUUUGUAGAACAGUCCCUCUCACACGGUCAUCUUUUCAUGGUCACCUUGGUUACAAGUUACAAAACGAUUCAUCAAACGAUCGCUGCAGGAGAAUUUUGUAACUGCAGGAGAAUUUUGUAACUGCGGGAGAAUUUUGUAACGAAUCGCGAUUCAGAUAGUACGAUCCUGAUCCUGAUGAUUCUAACUACACUUAAAAAUUGGCAGUUUUAGUUAGUUAUCUGCAAUGAUAGAAGGCAGUAGAAUUCGGUUGAAGACAUGGCAGCAGGCUGCUGUGGCAAUGGGUUCGGCAGUGGGAGCAUUGUUGGACCCUCGAAGAGCGGAUUUGAUAGCGGCUCUUGGUGAGACGACUGGAAAGCCUGCUUUUGAGAAAGUUCUUCAGAGGAUGAAGAGUUGCCCUGAAGGAAGGGCCGUGUUAUUGGAGCGCCCUCGUGUUGUUUCUGCAAACGUUGGACAUGCUUGGGACCUGCCGGAAAACACAUUCGGUGCUGCCUAUGCUAGGUUUAUGGGAUCUAGGAACUUUUCACCAGAUGAUCGACCUCCUGUGCGGUUCAUGGAUACAGAUGAACUGGCCUAUGUAACAAUGAGAGCUCGUGAAGUGCAUGACUUCUGGCAUACCCUUUUUGACCUUCCCACUAACUUGAUUGGGGAGACAGCGUUGAAGGUUAUUGAGUUUGAACAGAUGGGCCUUCCUAUGUGCCUGCUGUCUGUUGUAGGGGGCACUGCUAGAUUCAGUGGAAAGCAGAGGAAAUUGUUUUAUCAGCAUUACUUCCCCUGGGCUAUUCGUGCUGGUAUGCAAUCCACUGAUCUUAUGUGUGUGUAUUAUGAGCGGCAUUUUCAUGAAGACUUGGAAGAUGUUCGCAGAAAACUGCAAAUUGUUCCUACUCCCAUUGUUCCUUAGCUGUAUGUAUUCGGUCUUGAUAAGUUGUCUUGGUGAUGACACUGUGCUUGAACUUUGCUAUCCAAAUUUUGGAAUAAAAUCCACUGUACUGUACAACCCCUUCCUCUUAUAUCUUAGUCAAUUAGUUUUGAUUUUAUCAUAUGAUCAGUAAAAUAGACUUACAAUCACUAGUUCUAUUUUUCAACAUAUCCUGUUAUGUUAUAGUUUUAUUCUUGUAUCAAUAGUGAUUUAUCAAUC